CUCUACCCGGCUUCCUCUUCCUCGGCUUCCGUAGCCGUAGUCGCCGCCGCCGCCGCCGCCUCCGCCUCCGCCGCCGCCGCCACCGCCAUCACCACCGCCGCGGGAGGGUGGAGCCGGGUGGGAGGGCUGGGCCAGGCCCGGGGAUCGACCGUCGUGGGCGGGGAGAGGGGAGGCCCAGCGUAUUCUCGCAGCGGCAGUAAGGGGAGACUAUGGGAGGAAAGAACCAGGACAACCCCCGGAGAGUCAGAACAAACCUUGCCAUGCCCAGAUAUGAUCCAUCAAGCCCAUUUACAGGACACUUAAGCAUAAAAAGUAAUGCUUUUUGCACUGACUCCUCCUCUCUCAGACUAAGUACUCUCUACCUGAUCAAGAAUCACAUGGCUGUUCACUAUAAUAAAAUCCUUUCAGCCAAAGCUGUUGUAGAUUGUUCAAUGCCAGUAAGCAUGACUUCCAGCAUUAAAUAUUCAGAUCAACAGCGAAGAGAGAAACUUAAGAAGGAAAUGGCACAAUGUGAAAAGGAUUCAAAACUAUCUAGAAGUUCUACACAAACAAGUAACAAAUCAAGUCCCAGUCCAAUUUCAUCUAUGGGUCUAAAGCUUUCAGAGAAAGUACAAGAUAAGGAUGAAGAAACUGAGGAAAAAAAUGAAUUUCUAUCUCUUUCAAAAUCAUUACCACCUGCAUUAAACAAACAAUUUUCAGAUUUUUCUUAUCAUGAAAAAACUGUCAGAAAUGAAACGCGAAGGGCAUUUAGUGCCUCAGGUAUAGCAAAUCCCAGAAGACAAACCUCUGUAUCCUCACAUAAUGUCUCUAAUGGUGGUGGUAGUAAGAAUACCAAAAAUCCACGGAGGUUUCAAUUAUUUACUUCAAAAGCACCUAGUGGAGAUCUCCUAGAGAAGCAUUCUGCACGUUUUACUAACAAGCAGCUGCCAUUCACUCCUCGCACUUUAAAAACUGAAGCAAAAUCUUUCCUUUCUCAAUACCGAUAUUAUACACCGGCUAAAAGAAAAAAGGAAACCCAGGAUCACUUAAUUGAAGCAGAAACCCAGACUGACAUAAGCAGUUUUAAAACUUAUUUUGUGACAUCUGAGUUGAACAACAUAGAUUCAGAAGAAGUGAUCAUAAAUGAGCCCAAGACAUCCAGUUGUAAUACAUAUGGAAUGAAGGAAAAAAUUAUUCCUUCCCAGCACUUAAGGAAUAACUUAGCCUGGGAAAAAGUUAAAGAAAAUGUUCUUCACUACCCAUUCUCAAGAGCAUCCAUUCCAUAUUACCUGCAGCCUAGUCCAGUGAAAAAAAUCCAGUCUGAAGAAGAAGAACUCUUAUAUCUGAGCUUCAUUGAAGAUGUAACAGAUGAAAUUCUGAAACUUGGCUUAUUUUCUAACAGGGUUUUAGAGAGAUUGUUUGAACGCCACAUAGAACAAAACAAACAUCAUUUGGAGGAGAAGAAAAUGCGGCACAUGCUUCAUGUCUUGAAGGUCGAUUUAGGCUGUACUCCUGAAGGAAAACCUGAAAAACUAAAUGGUACCCUUAAUAUGUCAAAUUUGUUUGAUUUUGAAAAACUUGAAACUCCAGAAGAAAUACAAUUAACAGAUGAAAAUGAAAUUCCAGUGUCUCCUUCCAAAAGUGAAGAAACCUUACAAUCUCUUGAUGUACAUGAUAAAGCUCUGGAUGUAGAUUUGACCCAAAAGGAAAUAGUAUCCGCUUCCCCAAGCUGUACUUCACUGCACAGCUCUAAAGAUAAGUAUUCAGAAGACAGUGUUAAUGGGCAGGUGAUUAGUGAAACAAAUCUUGAACCAUCAGCAGAGACUGAAGAACCAAGUGUUUCCUACCCCACCUCAAACCCAGUAUUCCCUACAGAGUUCUUUGAAGAAGGUAAUAAUGACCUUGAAAAAACAGAAUCUUUAAAUGUUUCCGGUAAAACACACUUGGAAGAGUGUGUUCAAAAUUCCAUUAAGGAAGAUAAUGAUCAUGACACAGAAGAACCAACUUCCAACAUCACUGAAACAAUCAAUGAGCAAAAUCCUUUGGAUAACUGAUGUUAGUUAAUAAAUACUCCAAAUGGCUAGCGAAUCAUU